AUGUUGUGUGUACCUUAUAAGAGAAGGUUUGAAGACGAAGAAGAUGAAAAUCAAAUUCAACGUAACCAAAUUCAAUUCCAUAUGAUUAAAAUGUUUCCAAUGUUAAGAAGAAUGAAGUUUGAUGAAUCAUUUUUACAAGGAAAACGAUAUGUUGAAGACUUAUCUACAGAAGGUGAAUUUCAGAAACAAGAAAAACAACCCAUCAAAGAACAAACAAUUGUGCCAAUGGAAGUGUAUCACCCAACAGAUUGGAAACCAAAAAUGAUUAAAGAAUUAGAACAUGUUGAGUAUCAACCUAACCCAUUAUUAGAUAGAGUUUUUUGGAAGAAACCAACUAAUGCAGUGAUUGUAUACCAAGAACCAAAUCAUUGUGUAAAACAAAUGAUUAACUCUAAUUUAAAUACUACUCAAAAUACUCCAUCUAAGAUGAUGGAUUUAUGUUAA